UCCACCCAAAAAUGCCUCCCCUUUAAAUGAAUUCUGCUGUAUUUAUUAUUUAUCAAAUUUUUAAGUUGUACGGACGUUUUUGUAUAGACAUCUAAAGAAUUUUCGAAGUUAAUUGUAAUCAGGUGACUCGUUUAAACUACAAAGUUUGAAAGUGAUAUAAAUAUGGGUACUGGUGCUAAAAAUUACACUCCUCCUGAAUGGAUUACAGCCGAUUUUCUACAGGAUGUUUUAAAGGAAUACUUUAAAGAUGACACUCUCGAAGUGCAUGAAAUUGUUGUGAAAAGUAUUAAUGGUGGCGGUGAAAUGGUGGGCAGUGGUUUUGCCAGUGAAAUGCAUCGUGCUAUUUUCAAUUUGAAACGUAAUGAUGUUACCGGUAAAUUUUCUGUUAUUAUAAAGGACCACCCCAAAGGCUACACAGGUGUAGUAGCUCACAAAAGUAAAUUAUUUAAACGUGAAAUUAUGGCUUACAAAGAAGUAAUACCCCGUGUCGAAGAGCUUCUGGCCUCCAUAGGUGAUACAACUAAAAUUGCUCCAGCUUGCUACUAUACCACCGAAACACCAGAACCCUUCCUAAUACUUGAAGACAUGAACCUAAAUGGUUACGAAAAUUUCGAAAAAGGACGUUUACUUAAUCUGGACUAUGUUUUACCCACCAUUGAAAAGCUAGCUAAGUUACAUGCAUGUUCGGCUGUUAUAGCAGCUGAAAAUUCAAAAAUUAUGGAAUUCUUUGAAGAAGCACCAAUUUCACGUAAUCCAGAUCGUAAAGAUUUCUUGGGAUUUUUCCCGGUUAAUAUACGUUGUGUAGCUGAGGAGAUUUCACAUUGGAAGGGUUAUGAAGAGAUUACUGAGAAAAUGUUCAAAUUGGCCGAAAAUGUAUUACAAAGUGCAGUUGAUAUGUAUGAAUCCCAUGAGAAUGGUUUUCGUGUAUUUAAUAUUGCCGAUUUGUGGGUUGAUAAUUUAAUGUUCCAUAUUAACAAUGAAACCAAAGAACCAGAUAAUGUAGUGUUGUUAGAUUUCCAAUUGUCCUAUUAUGGCUCCCCUGCUAUGGAUUUGAAUUACUUCUUGUAUGGUUCCCUAAAUGAAAAUGUACGCAAGGUCCAUUUGAAAUAUAUUGUUCGUGAAUAUCAUCGCAUUUUAAAAGAAACUUUAGAUAAAUUAAAUUAUGAUGGUAACAUUCCCUCACUUAAGGAGAUUACCAUUGAUAUAAUUAACAAUAGUUUGCAAGGUGUUAUUGCUGCUACUUGCUUAACUCCCAUUAUAUUUAUGGAAAAAGAGGGUUUCGAAAAUCUAGAAAAUCUUACCUCACGCACUGAAGAAGGCGAUGAAUUGCGUCGUAAAAAUGUUGAGAACCCCAAAUAUAGAGCAUUUCUUCAACGUACUGUGAAAGAAUUCGAAUUGAGUGGAUUCUUAGAUGUUUAAAGAUAAUAAAAAUGACCAAUGUAAAAUAGAUUUUAGGAAAUUGUUAUAAAAUUUGUUGUUGAUUUAAUGUGUAUAAAAAGUAUUUUUUAUAAAUG